AUCGCCGCCCUGCCAAAACCAACACCAUCCCCGACCGAAUUAGUUAAAUUGAAUGGGCGGGCGGAUGGCUUUUCUCCGUUAUCCUCUUUUGGUAAUAGAAGGGUAGGGAAAUCAAGAAGAAGACUUAAAAGGAAAAAAGUGGUGGCACAGACACAGGAUGGCGAGGAAUCCAGGCCGUCUGUUGGCAUCAAUCAUCAUCCAGCAGUCGAAUCCUAAAUUGGGCAUACGGUGGCCCUACGCCGUGUCCGAGUUCAACUCACCCACUCGACUCAUUCACUCCUCCACUCCCUACCACCACCUAUCCCAACCUCAACAACAUCAAAACCAUCCGACCAAGCACCAAGAAGAAGAAGCUCCGGCAUCAGGGACUCAGCAAAAGCUUCAGAACCAAAACGACAAAGACAACGAUCAGGUUGAUGACGAUGAUGAGGUGGACGUGAAUAAAGAGACCGGUGAGGUUGGAGGUCCCCGAGGUCCCGAGCCCACCCGCUAUGGCGAUUGGGAACGAAAAGGUCGCUGCUCCGACUUUUGAGCCUUUUUCCCUUUUUUUUUUUUUUUGCCCUUUUAAUCUGGAAUGGCUGUCUUGAAUAUUCCUUUUUCCUGUUCUUUUUUUUUUUAAUUUUUUUUUAAAAAAUUUUCCCCAUCCUGUUUGUGUUGUAGGCGUCUGAAUAAAGAAUAUAAGAUGUUAUUGAUAUGGAAUCCUGUUUUAUGACC